CUGCAUAAAUAUAAAACUGUGUUAUACAUAUAUACCUGUAUAUUAAUAAGAAUUGGACUAUGUCAAUCAAGACAGCUGCGCCAUUUUUAUUGACAAGUUGAUUUAUUUCUCUCUUCUUUUGAUAAAUCACUACGAAAUUGCCUCUGUCGUAAAAUUAGGUGAUAAGAUGCUCUGUUUGUCGGGUCAUGUCUGAAAGGUGAGAAAGAAUGAGAAGUUCGAUCGCCUCCAUUGAACUGUUAAACGUGCUGAAGUAAAAAGGGUGUAGGCCGUUCUUUUGUCUUAUAAAAGCUGAUUUAAUAGCACAUAAAAACUAUUUUACGUCUCAAACUUCGAGUCGUUACACCUAAAAAUGAGGAUCUCUUUUAUAUCUGCAUUAUUAUUUAUCUUCAUCCAUGGCACAUCAGCUGCAAGAAAAUUCAUUCCAGAUAAUAAUAAUAAACUGAUAUAUCAGGAAUCUCUCGAUUAUCCUGAUUACAUAUUUAACAAGACGAGAAGCCAUUCUUAUGGAUACGAAGUGGAUCAGAAGGAUAGACGUAAGGGCAAUCGUGACAAUUAUCCAUCUGCUAGUGGUUAUAAUGAUGCUUCGACUUGGCAAAGUUAUGGUAACAAUUAUGGUGGAGGUGGUGAAGGAUUUAGCAUGUUGGGAGGCGGUAAAGGAGGAGGAGGAGGGUUCGGUUUGGGCAGUGGUAAAGGUAAACAAGGUGCUAAAGCCCUGUUGGCAGUAGUUAUACCUUUAGCACUUUUGGCGGUGCUCGGCCCUUUAAUGGCCAGCCAGGUGAUGUUACCUUUGGCUGUGGCUAGCACGUCACUUCCUGGAACCCUCCCAACAGGAAGACGAAGGAGAGCAUUGAGAUUUUUUGCAAGGGAUGCGGAUAAAAGAUCAGAAUUUUUUCGACGUCUGGAGAUGCUCAGAUCUAUCCAAAGAUAUUUAGCAGAGGUUGGCGAGGAAAACGUGUUUCGUGAGGACCUGAUGCUUUCUUACUUACGUUGUAGCGGCUUAUUGGCACCGGAAAAUCAUUGUUUGGAACGGUUAGCAUGCGAAUUUACCUAUUCUCGAGCUUCUUUCCCACGUCUAGAGCAAGAAGUCGUAUCGAUUGUCUUCUACAACAUUAUGAAGAACAAACACAUUGACGAAAGCGAUAAACAGAGAUUAAGAAAGGCAGCAAGAGUUGGAAAAUACAAAAAAAGAAAUUGUUCUAUUUAUUACUGCAAUAAAAUCGAUUCCAAUAUUAAAUAA